AUGGUGCAUAUGGCUACUCCUAGUGACGACAAAGAAGGAGGCAGCAUCAAGGCAUCCGUCCGCCCUUCUUGGCUGAAAAUUGUCUUCUCUGACUCAAUUCUAACCAAGGAGGUUGUUGAACACCACUACAAUGGCUCCGGCACCGACGAUGACCCAUACAUUGUGCGCUGGCUGGAGAAUGAUGUGCUCGACCCGAAGAACUACUCACUUGUUGUCAAGUGGUCGUUGACACAGAUUCUAGCCUUUUCCUUCCUUUGUGUUUCCUUUCUCUCUAGUGCCUACACAGGGGGAAUCGCCGAAAUAGAGGCUGAAUAUGGCGGGAGCUCUGCACUCAACAGCUUGGGCGUUGGAUUCUUCGUACUUGGGUUUGCUGUUGGGCCCUUUCUCUGGGCACCUUUAUCCGAACACUAUGGGCGCAGAAAUGUCUUUGUGGCUACAUACUUCAUGGCUACGGCCUUCAAUGUUGGCGUAGCUGCGUCGCAGAACCUCACAACCAUCUUGGUAUUGCGCUUCUUUGCUGGCCUGUUUGGAUCAUCUCCAAUCACCAAUUCUGGGGGUGCCGUCACCGACAUGUUUGAAGCCGAAGAACGUGGCCUGGCUCUGACUGUUUUCUCUGUUGCCCCCUUCCUCGGGCCUGUUCUCGGGCCCAUCAUUGGCGGUUUUGUCGGGGCUGGAGCUGGCUGGCGGUGGUUGAUGGGGUUAUUGGCCAUUAUGACAGGAUGUACUUGGAUCGCUGGAACCCUUUUUGUCCCGGAGACAUAUUCACCUGUACUUCUACGGCGCCGAGCAUCGAAGCUUUCCAAGUUCACCGGGAAAGUUUACAUGUCCCCCUUCGAUUCCAAGUCUGCGCAGAAGAGACUUUUACCUCAUUUGUGGAGCGUCUUCAGCAAGCCAUGGGCUUUACUUACAGAGCCAAUCGUCCUGCUCCUGUCUGUCUACUUGGCCAUUGUUUUUGGAACAUUGUACCUCCUUUUCGCUGCGUAUCCCAUCGUCUAUGCUCAGGAUCGCCGUUGGCCCCAAGGGAUCUCUGGCCUCCCGUUCAUUGGCAUCCUUAUCGGAAAUCUAUCCGCCCUGGCCUUCUCCUUCGUGCUUAAUAAACGAUACGUGGUCUUCGCAAAAAAGCAUCAAAGUAAUGGGACGAUGACGCCACCAGAGGCUCGCUUGCCGCCAUGCCUGAUAGGUUGCAUUUUCAUCCCCAUCGGAUUGUUUUGGUUCGCCUGGACCAACUCUCCAUCUGUCCACUGGAUAGCCAGCAUUGCUGCGGGAGCUCCUUUUGGAUUCGGCCUGGUUUGUGUGUUCAUGGGGAUCACGAAUUAUCUGGUCGAUGCUUAUACUAUCUACGCGGCUUCUGUCUUGGCGGGAGGCGCUGUGCUACGCGGCAUCUUUGCAGUCGUUUUCCCUUUAUUCACCACUAAGAUGUAUGCGAACUUGGGCAUUCACUGGGCUUCCUCGGUACCUGGUUUCAUGGCUGUUGCUUGUGUCCCAUUUCCAUAUAUAUUUUAUAGAUACGGCGAAGCUAUUAGAGCCAGGUGUCGAUACGCAGCACAGGCGGAGGCUGCUCUACAGGCUCUGCGAACUUCGAAUAAUCUCCAAUGUGACUACCUCAUCUGA